AUGGCCGUUAGCGGCGGUGUCGCGGCGGCAGUGGCGGUGUCGCGGCGGCGGCAGGCGGAAACGGGUGGAAUGGUUGUCGAUGACGCGCUACCGCACACUAGUACGUCGCUCGAUGACGUCCUGACUAGUGGUAUUCGUACUACUGACAAUGAAAAGAAGAGGAAGAAGAGGAUGAAGGAGAAGGAGAAGAAGAAGGAGGAGCAGAAGGAUAAGGGCAAGUACAAGGACAAGGACGAGGGCAAGGAGAAGGGGAAGAAAGAGAAGGAAAUGAAGAGGAAGAAGAAGAAGAGGAAGAAGGAGAAGUGA